UCAUGCUGCUGCCAGGUCCACAGAUGUCUCAUGGGUCCCUGUACGGCCUCCCAUUGCUGCUGUCUCCAUCGCCACACUCUGCCAUGUGCCACUUUCAUGUCUCCUCACACUGCUAGUGUGUUCCCAUUUUUUUGUCAUAGGUGCUGGCAGAUUACGGGCCUCCCAUUGCUGCUGCCAGGCCCGUAAUCUGCCAUGGGCCCCUGUACCGCCUCUUCAUGCUGCUGCCAGGUCCACAGUGUCCUCAUGGGUCCCUGAACCGCCUCCCAUUGCUGCUGUCUCCAUCGCCACACUCUGCCAUGUGCCACUUUCAGGUCUCCCUCACACACUGCUGGUGUGUUCCAUUUUU